AUGUCCACGUUCGAGGAACGGGAGUUGGCCAUCAACCCCAUCGUUGUCACUAGCGUGCAGCACAACACCCAGGUGGUCUCGAACAUUCGAAAUUUGACCGCUUCUCUGUUCGGCGUCGCCGCCGGCACCCUGGGCUUGGAGUCUUACCCAGGGUUCAUCUUCUACCUCGUUGGAUCCUUCAUCGUAUCGGCCUUGAUAUUUGCAUUGCGCACGGACGGCAAGCCCGGCGAUUACUUUCACCGCCCGCUGGGAGACCUGUGGGGUGGCGACGUGUUCAACGGGCUGAGCAGCUUUGUGCUGACUUGGACCUUGUUCUACGGACUUUUGCGGGCAUGA